UCAGCUUUGGAAAUAUGUGGUUGUGAGAAAUGUUUAUAAGACAAUUGAAUACAAAAAUGAAUAAAGUCGAUAAUAUACACGACACGAAAGUCAAAGUGCAUUAUCUCUUUUUUGUUUUGUUUUUUUAGGGUAUACUUUUUUCUAGAAGUGUCCCAUUGGCCAUUAGGAAAUUUGAAUCCAAAGAAGCGGCAUUUUCUAUUUCACUGUCUCACAAAAUCUCUUCAAGUUCCUCAUCGUAACUCGUACCCCUAAUUUCAAAAUCCUCUCCACACUAUUCCCCUGUAAGCUCUAAUCGACAAAAUCUGGGGGUUUCUCCUCUCAACAAAAUCAAGUCCAGGGUUUUCUUCUGUUCAUAUGUUAGAUGGAUUUAAUCACAGAAACAGAAUCAGAGAUUGUUGCUGAUUCCUCCUUGUGGCUGCAUAAUUCUAAAUCAUUAGCAGAAAUAUUAACAGAGAUAAAUCAGAAUGUUCAAAGAAUGCUAAGAAUGAUUGAAGAUAGUGAAGAACCUGAGUCAACGGAGAAAUUUCUGUGCUUAUAUCAGUCUCUCGGUGAAACUUACAAUGAUUUGAACCAGGAGCUCCUCAACGGCCUUCUCAAACUGCCAUGUUCCCUUGUAACUUCAAUGGGGGCAUUGAGCUCCUUUAAGCCUGAUAUGUCUCCUGAUUUGGAGUCAGGAACAUCUUACUCAUCACUGAAGCACCAACUGGUCUCAACAACGAGUAGCGAAAAGUCGCAGAGCUUGAAACUACAUGGUGAGGUUGAGAAGAACGACUCUGCAUUUUUGCUUGCUGAUAUGUUUUGUGCCGAGCUUGAAACUGCACGGAGGGAAUUAGAAGCAAGAAACAUAGACAUUGAAACUGAGAAAAGACAUGUGCUUGACUUAGAAGGUAAGCUAUCAGAUUCAAGUCACAAGAUUGAGAAUUUGGAAAGCGAGCUCGACGAGGUUAAAGAGUGUUUAGGUGUGUCAGAAGCCGAAGUUUCAAAGCUAAUGGAAAUGUUGAGUGGAUGCAAGACAGAGAAAGCGAAACCGCAGACCGAUAAUGCUGAUGACUUUUUAGAUAGCCUGAGAACAGAGUUGAGAUCAAGAGAAAUACAAAUUGAGCAAAUGGAGGAGUAUUUGAACCAGGUGUUGUGUCUUAAAGAAACUGAGAUUAUAUCUGAGUCAGGAACCGACAAGAAUGUUGUGGAAGAACUGAGGGCCAGAGUUGAAGUGCUGGAGAAACAAGUGGAGUUGCAGAGGAAUGUUAUAACAGAACGAGAGGAAGAGAAAAGAGAGGCUAUAAGACAACUCUGUUUCUCUCUGGAUCAUUACAUGAACAGAUAUUUAGAGCUUGUAAGAUCACUUUCUGACAACAAAAAGGUAUCCCGUGUUAAGUAAUUUGUAGAAGUGAUCAUAUCUUUUUGAAUGAUGCAAACUAAUAUCUGACUUCAUCUUAACUAGUGCAGAGCUAAGAGCUAGACACAUGUUGCAUCAUCUUCUUCUACAUGUUUUUACAUUGAAAGAAUUUUAUAAUGCUGAGGGAAAACUUUAGGAUCUCACUUCAGUGAAUGUAUAACUGAG